CUGAGCGAGCCCUGGACACCAUGAACUUCGAAGUGAUCAAAGGCCGCCCCAUCCGCAUCAUGUGGUCCCAGCGGGACCCCGGGCUCAGGAAGUCGGGGGUUGGAAACGUCUUCAUCAAGAACCUGGAUGACUCCAUUGAUAACAAAGCCCUGUACGACACGUUCUCUGCCUUUGGAAACAUCCUGUCGUGCAAGGUGGUUUGUGAUGAAAACGGGUCCCGUGGCUAUGGCUUUGUUCACUUUGAGACUCACGAGGCAGCAACUCGGGCCAUCGAGACCAUGAAUGGGAUGUUGCUCAACGACCGGAAGGUGUAA